GGGGGCUGUGGGCGGUGAGCGGCGGCGGGGCGGCGGGCGGGGGCACCGGUACCCCCUGGUCCCGCGGUGGUGGCGCCCGGGAAGAUGGCGGCGGGACGCGGCGGGGCCGAUGAACGUUCUCUGUAGCAGAUGCCUAGAGGAAGAGGUGACCUUCUGAGCAUCAAGAUGAGCGAGUGGGAAAGGAUUUUUCUGCAAAACCUCACUGUUCCUCCCCACUCCCAGCGGAGGCGGAAUAUCCCGAAGGAGUCAACGGCUUUUCAGUGUGUCCUGAAGUAUGUCGAGGGGACUGUCGUUACACAGCAAGCGGCGGGCGGCUCGGUGGCCGUGGAGUUCCAGCUGCGCCUGUCCCUGUUCGAUGCCGCCUAUCACCACUUCUUCGGCCGGACGUGGCGGAGCAGUGCCAGGACCCCCCGCAGCGCCCCGCAGCAGCGCCCAAGGGUGGUGUUCAAUGAGGCCGUUUACUUCCACACCUCACUGAACCACCCCAGCAUCACGGCUGUGGUAGAGGUGGUGGUGACAGCCCAGACGCUGGAGGGGCUCUCCCAGGAUCUGUCGUGUGGCUUUGGGCUCAUCCCCCUGUUCGACAGCAGGUGGGAUCCCACGGACCUGGCUGCCAAGGACAGAGUACUCAAGCUGUACCAUGGGACACCACGUGCCUUACUGCAUCCACUUUUCCAGGACCCUGUAGAAAAGAACAAAUACAUGACGAUAAUGGAGAACAGCCACCUGCAGUACACCCUGAAGCCCCACCCACCCCUGGAGACGAUAUUUCACCUCCUGCCUGAAAAUCUUCUGGUGUCUGGGCUGCAGAAAAUCCCUGGCUUGCUCCCUGCGCACGGAGACACCAGUGACUGCUUUCUGAAACCACGGCUCAUGAAGUCGGUCACCUGCUACCUGGACAAGCUCUCCAUCAGGCUGUACCCUUCUCUGGAGAAAUUCGAGGAGGAGCUGCUGGAGUUACUGAACAGUGACCGCUUGCUUAAGGUGAGCGCCCGGCCCGCUGGCAGCGCGCUGUCGGUGCAGGAGCGGCGGCUGCGUGUCGGCGUCCACAACGGCCUGCGCUUCGUCCAGGCGCCGCAGGUGGCCGUGCUGCUGCCAGCAGCAGAGGUGGCCCGUGGACGGCCUGACGGCCCCCCAGCCAGUGCAGCGGGCCAGGCCCUGCUUCUGAGGAGCCGCCUGCAGCUGAGCGAGAUGGUUCCUCACCCCGCCUUUGGGGUCUGCUUCCAGCUGGAGUAUGUCGUCUGCGCCACGGCCGGAGCCAGCAGCAAGGCCGAGGCCGGCAGCGCCCUGGGCCCGGCAGCUGACAUGCACGCAGUGCGGUGGGCGCUCUGGAGCCCCUUCCUGGGCACUGACUCCUCCCCAGUGGUGUUGCCCCUGCGCGGUGGUUCCUGCCGCAGCCCUGGCCAGGCCUUGGUCUUCAGGGCCCCUGCCGACAGCGAGAGCUCCGAGGAGGUGAAGCAAGUUGCAUCUGGUACUGUCCAAUUCCAUGUUUCCACUGAUUCAGAAGAAAAUCUUGCAACUUCUACAGAUACCUCAAGUAAAGCCAGGAAAGAGUCAGAGAAGCCUCCUACACCAUCUCUGAGUCCGCCCUCUGCGCUGUGCCUGGUGGCCUCUCCGCGGGGACCAGGGUUGUCACUCUCUGAGCUCUCGGCCUCACCAUGCAGUAAGGGCGAGCCCCCUCUGCCACAGAGCAGCGGUGCCCCGGUUCCCUGGCCCCGUGGGACAUCACGGGACACCCGCACGCUCAGAGUGGCUGGGAUCACACACCUGGAGGCCGACCUGCGCCCCGGCGACCCAGACCCGGACCCCUCCAGCAGCGAGCAGCUGCGGGAGCUGCCCUUCACGCCUGCCCAGAUGCCCAUUGCAGCUGUGGGGCUGCCAGCAGGCAGUUCCAGCACCGUGCUCUCUCGUGCCUCCCUGGCACUCCUGCAUGCCUCUGGAUUUCCAGAAAUCCUAGACUGCAACAAGGAGCCUGUGGAGGUUGCAGAGCCCCUGGACUUCACGAGCUUCAGUCCUCAGCUGGAGGAAGCUGAUGCUCUGCAGAGCAAUGAAAUAAUCCUGCAAUUCCUUGCUUUCAGUAGGGCUCCUCAGGAUGGAGUGGAAGGGACGUGGCCCAGGACUGUGUUCCUCACCUUCCAGUUCUACCAUUUCCCACCAGUUACCACACCACGUCUGCAGCUGGUUGACAUAGACAGAGAGAAGGCAGCCAGGGCAGCCGUACCGCCUCAGGUCCUUGUCCAGAUCAACAAAGAUGGGACUCCACGCACUGGAGCUCCGGGACUGCAGCUGAAGUACAUGGUGGAUCCUGCUUUCCUGAAACCUGGGGAACAGCGCUGGUUUGUGCGCUACCUGGCUGACCACAGCCUUCAGAUUGACGUCUGGGAUGGAGACUCUUUGCUUUUUGUUGGGUCCGCUGCGGUUAAAUUGAAGCCCCUGCUGCGCCAGGGCCGCCCGGCUGUCAGGACCCUCCACGAGCUGGAGGUGGUAACCACGGAGUACGAGCAGGAUGCGGUGGCAGCAGGCAGGGACGCACUGUGGCAUGGAGUGGUGCGGCCUGUGGACGUCCGUGUGGCAGUGAGGGGCCGCCUUCACCUCUGCCUGGCCAACGUGGGCCACCCCUGUGAGGAGACCCUGAGGAUCCCAAGGCACCCAUCGCCAUUGCGUGCCCACCUCGUGUCCUCGCUGGACAGCAUCAGUAGCCUGCAGGGUGGCAGCUUGCUCUCCCCGCAUGCUGGCAGCGGUCCAAGGGUGUCACGGGCACGCAGGCUGGCUGAGGUGGAUGGUGAGCUGUCAGCCAUGCUUUGUAGUCACUGGCCAGAGGUGAACCCAGCCUCCCCGCAUGCCCCCCGUGAGGCUGCAGAUGUCCGGCAGCGCAAGCUGCGGCGCAUGGCCCUGGUGCGGCAGCAGGAGGAUGCUGGUGGGAGCACACCUCAGUGCAUGGGCCAGCACGAGCAGCGCAUGCAGCACUUGCGGGAUCUGCAGGUGAUCGAUGCCUACCGGGAGCACACCAAGAGCGAGAGCAUCACCCAGAUGCUCAGCCAGGCCAUCACCACCACCCACACUGUCUAUGCUGUGCUGGGGACGGCUGAGUUCUUUGAGUUUGCUCUGAAGAACCCCUACAGCGUCCAGCACACAGUGACGAUAGAGGUUGACCACCCUGAGCUCAGUGUCAUACUGGACCCGAGGGAGUGGCGGCACUUCAAGGAGCUGACUAAGGUGGCUACACCACUGGAGGAGGACAUGUUCCAUCUUCGUGAUGACCUUAGGCCCCAGGUCUACCUGCGUCCCAAGGAGACUGUCCACAUCCCGUUCAGAUACCAGACGUUCUCGGCAGAGCCAGCUGUCGCAGUGGUGCCGGGGCUGGCAGGGCUGAGCACAGGGGACGAUGCAACCACCACCUCCUGGCAGUCUGGGGCCAUGCAGACGAAGCACAUCCAGGUCGCUUUCCGCGUGAGUGGGGGGAAGCCCAUCGCGCUGCUGCGGGUGAAGGUGGAACCCCGUCCCCACGUGGUGGACCAGACCUUCAGGUUCUACCACCCCGAGCUCACCUUCCUGAAGAAGGCCAUCCGGCUGCCGCCCUGGCACACGCUGCCAGGCGCUCCGGCAGGGAUGCCGGGUGGGGAGCCGGAGAUGUAUGUUCGCUGCAGUGACCCUAACAUAAUUUGUGAAACCAAAAAUAUGGGUCCUGGGGAACCACAGGAUGUCUUCUUAAAAGUAGCUGGAGGACCAAGCCCACAGAUCAAAAAAUUCUUUGUUGCUAUUUAUACGGACGCCUGGCUGGCCGUGCCGUUGCGCAUCUGGCAGUUCUACCUGCAUUCCCUGCAGCGCCUGGACGUCAGCUGCACCGCCGGGCAGCUUGCCCGCCUCGUCCUGCCGCUGCGCGGCACGCGGGCCCUCCGGAAGGUGAAGGCGUUCUCCUCGCAUCCCCACGAGCUGAAGGUGGAUCCAGAAGGCGUGUUUGUUCUGCCCCCAAAUGGUGUCCUGGACCUGUAUGUUGGUGUGAGGCCUCGGAGGGCUGGCAGCAGGUUCAUCUACCUCAAUCUGGUGGACGUGGAGUACCACCAGCUGGUGUCCUCCUGGCUGGUCUGUGUCUCCUGCAGGCAGCCUCUCAUUUCUAAGGCGUUUGAGAUAACGCUCCCCGCAGGUGGCGGGAGGGGCUCCAACAAGCGCAUCACCUACACCAACCCCUACCCCACUCGGAGGGUGUACUUCCUGGGCACCAGCCGCCCCGACCUGCUGCAGUUCAAGGAGGACUCCUUUGAGGUUGCUGGCGGGGAGGUGUACACCAUCGGCUUGCGGUUUGCCCCGAGCCAGAGCACAGGUGAGGAGGAGAUCCUGAUCCACAUCAACGACCACGAAGACAAGAACGAGGAAACCUUCUGUGUGAAGGUUGUGUACCAGUGAGACUGGGCAGGGCGCUGCUCCAGCAGUGCAGCAACUUCCAUGGCAUCUGCCGCACUGUCCUGGCAGCACCGAUCUGUCUCAUCUAUGCCUCCUCCAGUUCUGAAUCCUCCUCGACUGCGUUGUCUGCAUAUAGGCCAUGUGCUGGACUCCUCGAUGAGCCCAGCCCUGCGCAGGUGAGGAGCCCGUGCUCCCUGGUUCUUGCCCCACCACUGGUGAGCCGUGAGGUCUCACUUGCCUUAUGGUGAGCGCCAGUGGUAGUCCUGGCUGCCCUCCAUCUGCUCAAAAGGGGAGGAUGAGUGUUUUUGCUACUAUGUGUCACAACUGCAGAAGAAUGUCUUUAUUUUUGUUAAGUAUUAUAUAUUUCAGGUGUUUGACUUUUUUUUUAACUUAAAGUUUGCAUAUCUGAGUGCAGAAUAUUUUUAAAAUACUUUUUUACUGUGCACUGAACUUUGUACAAACAGUUUUCUGGAUUUUUAAAUACUUUUUACUCAUUCUAGACCAAUUAAAUGUGCUGCACAGACCUGA